AUGACCCCGCGUCACCACUGUGAGGCCUACAGCUCUGCCGGGGAGGAGGAGGAGGAGGAGGAAGAAGAGGAGGAGAAGAAUGUUUCUCCAUCCCAGAGAGAUGAAGUGAUUCAGUGGCUGGCGAAGCUCAAGUACCAAUUCAACCUGUAUCCAGAAACAUUUGCUCUGGCUAGCAGUCUUUUGGAUAGGUUUUUAGCUACUGUAAAGGCCCACCCAAAAUACUUGAGUUGUAUUGCAAUCAGCUGCUUUUUCUUAGCUGCCAAGACUGUUGAGGAGGAUGAGAGAAUUCCAAUUCUGAAGGUGUUAGCAAGAGACAGUUUCUGUGGAUGUUCUUCAUCUGAAAUUCUGAGAAUGGAGAGAAUUAUUCUCUAUAAAUUGAAUUGGGAUCUUCACACAGCCACACCAUUGGGUUUUCUCCACAUUUUCCAUGCCAUUGCAGUGUCAAACAGGCCUCAGUUAUUCUUCAGUUUGCCCAAACUGAGCCCAUCUCAACAUCUGGCAGUCCUUACCAAGCAACUCCUCCACUGUAUGGCCUGCAACCAACUUCUGCAAUUCAAAGGGUCCAUGCUUGCUUUGGCCAUGGUUAGUUUGGAAAUGGAGAAACUCAUUCCUGAUUGGCUUCCUCUGACAAUUGAACUGCUUCAGAAAGCACAGAUGGAUAGUUCCCAGUUGAUCCACUGUCGGGAGCUUGUGGCACAUCACCUUUCUACUCUGCAGUCUUCCCUGCCUCUAAAUUCCGUUUAUGUCUACCGUCCCCUCAAGCACACCCUGGUGACCUGUGACAAAGGAGUGGAUCCUGAGCUCUCUGUGCAGUCUAAAGAAGGUAUUGCGGUCAUAACCAUGUACUGA